GCACUGGAUCCAACAGAGAGAGCCUCAGAGAGCCUGGCUGUCCGCACAGAGAGGAGAGGGAAGCUCACACACCGGCUGUGAUGCGUAGCGGGGCUCUGCUGGCUCAACAACACUCGGAUGGGAUAAAACCUCCCGGUGCUCACAUCUAACCGCUCACUGUGCGCGCGCGUGUGUGCCGCGAGGACUGAGACAUGCUCCUGUAGCGCGAGGCGCGAGUGAUAUUAUCGUGUUUGCUGCACAGAAAUAUUUGGCUUGGCCCUAACUUGGAGCCGUGUGGACGCUGAGCAAGUUUUUUUAUUCACUUGAAUCCCAUUUGAGUCGUUUCACUCGGAGCACCGGGGCGAGAUGGAGACCGAAAAGUACUUACCGGAGCUUAUGGCGGAGAAGGACACGCUGGAUCCGUCUUUUCAGCACUCCCUGCGGCUACUGGAUCAAGAGAUUGAAAAAAUUCAGAAAGACGAGGGGAAGGAAGAGGAGAAGUUCAUUGACGUCGUCAUCAACAAGAACAUGAAACUGGGCCAGAAAGUUUUGAUACCAGUCAAGCAGUUUCCUAAAUUUAACUUUGUCGGCAAACUCCUCGGGCCACGCGGGAACUCGUUAAAGAGACUACAGGAGGACACUCUCACAAAGAUGUCAAUUCUGGGAAAAGGAUCCAUGAGAGACAAAGAAAAGGAGGAAGAGCUACGGCAGAGCGGCGAGGCCAAAUAUCACCACCUGAACGAAGACCUGCACGUCCUCAUCGAGGUGUUCGCCCCGCCAGCUGAGGCCUACGCCAGGAUGGGUCAUGCUCUGGAGGAGAUCAAGAAGUUUCUCAUACCAGAUUACAAUGAUGAGAUCAGACAGGCCCAGCUGCAGGAGCUCACAUACCUGAACGGUGGCUCAGAGGAUGCCAAGGUGCCAUCGGUGAGGGGCAAGUCAGCCGCCCGUGGAAGAGGGACACCUGUUCCAGGGCCUCCCAGUGAUCCAAGUGUCCUGAAGCCCCUGGGGCGCCGUCAGCCUCCAUUAGGUGGAGUUGUGUUGCUACCUCCUCUCCCCUUGGAUCUCCGCAAAUGUUCUGAGGACUCUAAAACUUCACCUGAGCCUCCCUCGGCAUAUGGGAGUCGAGGAGGAGUUCCUCCCCUGCACGCGGCCGUGCCUCGAGGAGCAGCACCCAGAGGAGCCCCACCCAGCCGCGCUCCAUCUUCCAGAGGGAGAGGGGUUCAGAGAGCCAGAGGUGCCCCCCCAACCGCCGGGUACCGACCGGCUCCUCCAAUCGUUCAGGACACAUACGGCGAAUAUGAAUAUGACGACGGCUACGGAACAGCUUAUGACGACCAAGGAUACGAAUCAUAUGACAACAACUACAGUAAUCAAGGACAGAACUCAGACGACUACUAUGAAUACGGACACAGCGGGGAAUCAUACGAGUCGUAUGGUCUGGAGGAGUGGGCAAACAAUCGUGGCAAGGCACCGCCAGCACGAACAACCAAGGGAGUGUACAGAGAUCAGCCAUACACCAGAUAUUGAACUGUUUAUACAACCCGCACCUGAGUCCUCAUGGCUGUUUCAACCCAAGUAAUGGAUUUUUUAUGGACGCUCCCACCUUUUUAGAAUUGAAAACUAAAACCGCAAAAUAACACAAAUGAAACAGCGAUAGUGAGUAAAAAAAACUGAUUUACAAAAAGAAAAAAAAUGGCCUCCCCCUGAUUAUAAAAACAUACUCCCACUGGGUAAAAAUGUGUAAAGCAAUUUAGGUAAUCUAUCCUUUCCUCCAGGAGAAAUCGACUGGACGUUGAGAUUAAGACUCCAUAGCACAUUAAGUUUCUCUCUCAGCUAUGUGAUGGUGAAGAAUGACAUUGUACCGAGCUAUUUUACUUGGUAAUGAUUAGAGAAUCACUAUGCUGUCGUACAAUGUUUCUACACAGCUGCCAGUGCAACUUAAUUUAUCACCCUCUAUUCUUCAAACCCUGAACUGCGUGGUUGAUCACUUUAAAAUGUAGUAGCUUAGUUCUAGGAAAGUGCAGUACUGUAGAUAUUUUUUCUGAGGGGUAAUUGGUGAAAAUUGUGUCCCUUGUAAAUUUCCAAACUGAACAAGAGAAAAGUCAUACUGUAUACAUAUUGUUUUUGCUGUUUCCUCCUUUUUGUAAAAUAAUAGUUCUUUAGUGUUAAAGGGCUUAUAAAAGCAUGGUGUGCAACUGUGGAUAUUGUCAGCUGUUUUAUUCUGAAAAGCCUAUGUAGUUGUGUUCAUGAUUAUUCCCCCUAAAACAUCAACACAUCUAUAAAUAGCCGCUCAUACUUUGUGUACACCGAACAGCCAGAGCUGCGAAUCAAUCCGGGAGCUUUUUAAUUUUUGUGAUUUUUCUUUUUCUGUUUUUUUUAGAUGCUCUAAAUAAGUAAUUUUGAUGUCAUUUAUUGAUUUUAAUACCAGAUACUUUUCUGACUUUGUAGGCAUAAUAAUCAAUUUUAAGAUCCUCAAUCACAUGCUGGUGAAUUGAUCAUUUCCAUCUAGAGAUUUGUUCAAGUAUAAUGAUUUUGAGCUUAUGUAAGCCCUUUAAUAUUUUUUCUUCUUUGUUGAUGCUGAAUAAACAUU